AAAAAAGAUGGCAGCGAUUGCCGACUGCUGUCCUUCGGAUUUAUUGCGAAAAUGGCGCAUUAUGUGAUAUUUUCACAUUAUUUAUUAAUUAUAAGUGAAAAUUUGUGCAGUGCUGCUUUGUGAUGGUGUGUUAAAGUUACAUGAAUGACAGUGAUAAUCGUGUGUAAAUAGGAGGACUACUUUCUUUGGGAUAUUGGAUUACACAUAAAAUAAAGACAAAAUGGUGGUCGGCGAAAACAAGCGUACGGCCAACAUCAUGGACGGUAUCGAGAAUACCGGCGAUGUGCGGCUGCACGAUCAUCGGUUACGACUGAAACAGAGAUUCGAUAUAGUAAGGAAAUUAGGUCAAGGUACAUACGGAAAAGUGCAAUUGGGAAUUAACAAGAAGACUGGACAAGAGGUGGCAAUUAAGACGAUAAAGAAAUGUAAAAUUGAAACAGAAGCUGACUUGGUACGCAUUCGACGAGAGGUGCAGAUUAUGUCUUCGGUCAGGCACCCGAAUAUUGUACAUAUAUACGAAGUAUUUGAAAAUAGUGAAAAGAUGAUUUUGGUAAUGGAAUAUUGUUCCGGUGGUGAAUUGUAUGAUUAUCUUAGUCAGAAAAAGGUAUUAGAAGAAGAUGAAGCAAGAAGGUUAUUUCGUCAAAUUGCAACCGCUGUAUAUUAUUGCCAUAUACAUAAAAUCUGCCAUAGAGAUUUAAAGUUAGAAAAUGUGUUACUCGAUGACACGGGCAGUGCCAAGAUAGCGGACUUCGGUCUCUCCAAUGUGUUCAAAGAGACGUCACUAUUGUCAACGUUCUGCGGCUCCCCGCUGUACGCGUCGCCGGAAAUUGUUAAAGGAACUCCUUAUAUUGGUCCUGAAGUAGACUGUUGGUCAUUAGGGGUGCUUCUGUACACGUUGGUGUAUGGUGCCAUGCCUUUCGACGGCUCAAAUUUCAAACGUCUUGUUCGACAAAUUAGCAACGGAGAUUAUUAUGAACCUAAAAAUCCGUCUACCGCGUCGCCGCUAAUUCGCGACAUGCUCACGGUGGACCCGUUGAAGCGUGCCGACAUCGUGUACAUUUGUGACCAUCCGUGGGUGAACACAGGUUGCGAGACAUCAUGCCUCGAGAUGGCUGAAGCCCUAGCGGCGCAGACGCCCGUACGACUCGACUUGCUGCUGUCUCUUGCGCCCGCCGCGCCUUCGCACUCGAAUAGUGUUGUUGUGCCGAAUGAGCAAUCAGAACUAGGCGGACCGGAUGAAAGCUGUACAGACUUAACUAGCUCCACCUCGAUGGCAGUGGAGCCUAGCAACUCGGCCGAGAAACGAAUUUUGGAACUUGUAGCAGAGGGUGGCGAGGACGCAAUCAAACCAUCGCCCACACGCACCAUCGUGUCCGCGAGCGACAACAAGAGGAAGCUCGAGCUUGCCAUGUCCGCGAGCGGCUUGCAGAGGAAGAAGGAGAGGGUUGCCAGUUGCGCGAGUAUCGCCGGCGCUCCGCCCGCGCUGCCGGAGGAGGCGAGUGUGCCUGACGACGAGCAGGAGUAUUAUAAUGAUGAGGCCCCACAGCAAUCCCUUAAAUCGUCAGCCACAAUGACAAUAACGCCUGCGCCAGCCACAGUAGAACUUAGCAAAGCGCCAACCGUUGAAAUCAAAGAUGUGCCCAAAGAUGAGGAGAAACCGAAGGUCGUGUCGCCAAAGAAACCCGCCAAAAUUGAUACGGCUCCAGAAAAACUGGAAGAAACAAAGGUGGAAGACAACAAAACAACGGUAUCGGCGGCCGCAGACAAGCUCACGUCUCUAUCGCUAGCUCAGCCGGCACAGCCAGCUACUCCGCCAGCGCCCGCACCAGUUAAACCAAAGAAAUUGUCUAUAGGAGGUCAUGUCGGUAGCUUCAAGGAACAGUUCGAAAGAAGAGCGUCUCUUACCACAUCGCCAGAAAUCAAACGAAAUGUUUCUAAACCAGUUGUGUCGAAAAUCGCGAAGCCCAAAGCUCAAAGUGAAGAUCGCGAGUUAUCAAACAAACCACUUGAUAAUGGAACAGUGCGUUUGCAACAAAUCGGCAUCGAACCACCUAAGUCGCCAGUCGAAAGCAACGAGAAACAAACGCAAAUGAACAAAGGCGGUGUUAAGAAAACUGAGAGCGAGCCUGCAAACGCGUCCACUGCGGUCGACCCGGCCGUGCUGUUGCAGGAUGCUAGAAGAAGCCUGCAAAGUUCAAUGGCGAAAUUAGUGGAGGAGCGCGCGGGAGAGGAGAGCCGCCGUCGCGCCGCUAGAGACAUCAUUUCUACUGCUAUUCGAACUGGUAAACCGCCAGUACCAUACGGGCGUUCAUCAUCAGCGGGUGUGACGUCACUCGCGUCACCACCUUCAACACCGCCCGCUUCCGCACCGCCGCGCAAUGAGGGCAAGCUGUUCAGGACAGAGGCACAUCAUCGUGUUGAGGACCAUCGCAAUAGGGGUGUGUCGGUGGAGCGCAUCAUACCAAUCAGUAUGGCGCCAGAGGACGCUACGUCCCCGCCCCCCGGCCCCGCGCCUGUCCCCACACCGCCUACGCCCGCGCCCGCUGCGCAUAAGCCCGCACCGCGCUUGCACACACCGCUAAGGCGUCUAGCAUCCACCGAAUCAACCGGAACAAGCGAGGCUAGCCCUAGCAGCGGCGAGCCGAUAAAGAAAUCAGCCCGCGAGUUCAUAAUCCCCAUCGCUGUGGAGGGCAAGGGCUACGUGACUCCGCGCCAGCGCAGCCUCGAGCCGGAGUCGGCUCCACGAUCGCCACUCGCGCAUACUGCGAGAAUAACACCACGACGCAUCAGUAGCCUAGUCAGCGGUGGUGAAUCCGAAGAAGAAGAUGACACUCAUAUGCACAGAUUGAGAUCGAGCCGUUUGGCUCGCGCGGAGUCUGUAAGCUCAGGCGAGGAGGACGAAGAAGAUGAGGGCUUCCACUUGCUCACUGCUGAGAAUCUGUUCUCCACUCUAUUGCAUAGGGUGCGUGCGCUAACUCAGCGCUUAAACGGCGAAGAGGGCACGGGCUUCCAGCACCCGCACUCGCUUUUCAACAAUUUGCAUACACCGUUCUUUAACAGCCCUCACUUACCACGGAGGCAUUUCAUGCGCGAAGGUUGGUCGUCCCGCGACAUGCAGUCCCCGUUCGACUCGAUGUUCAGCAAGUCGCGCGCGCCCGUGCCGCGAGGUAGUAAGAAGGGCAAGUCGCGCGCGAGCGCCGAGCGGGACGACAGCGCGCUCGACCUGUCGGAUCUGGACUUGAGCUCGAUACAGUUCUCGGAGCGCGAGAUGCGCGCGCUGUCGGGGCUCACGCCGGCGCUGUCGCGGCGCCUGCAGCGCGAGCUGCUCGCGCACCUGCCGCACCUGCCGCCCCGCGCCGCCCGGGAGCUGCGCCGCACGCUGUCGCUGUCCGCCCCCGCACCGCCCCCGCGCGCCGCCCGCACGCCCUCCGCCCACGACGCGCCCGACCGCGACCCGCCUUCCGACCAGCCCGCCGCAGAACCGACCACCGACACCGAACCCAAACCGGACCCGCAACCGGAAAGCGUAGAUAACGACGUGCCCGAAGUUACCGCUUCCCAUUUCUGCACGCUCCCCCGGCUGCGGCGCCGCUCGUCCGCCACGCGGGAAGUCACGUCGCCCACCUCGGAUGCGAGCGGAGAUUACGCGAAUAAAGUGGACUCGUCUCUGCGGGAGUCGAGCCGGUCGCGGUCGGGCGCGCGCGACACGCCCGACCGCCCCCUGCUGCGUAAAUAUCUGACCGACCGCACGAGCUCAUUGGAUGAAACUUACACUACGGACGGCGGCAGCAUCCUCACGGACCCGAGCUACAUUGCGGCGUACGGCUCGCCCGCUUUAGGAAACUCCUCGUCGUUAGGCUUUAGGCGUCACUCUAUGAGGCUGUCUGGCGAUCAACCUAGAAAACGAAUAUCUAGAUUCCUCAGGUCGGAUUUCUUCGAAUCUCCCCCGGAAGAGAGUCUAUACGCUAAACAUAAAAAAGAGAAAGAGUUGGAGACGCAAAAGAUACUCAAAGAGAUAAGAGAAAAGAAAAACAAAUGUGCGGAAAACGUCGCAAACGGUUCGACCGAUGUGAAAGAAUCUCAAAAUAACUCUCUCGAAAAUGAUUCGUUUCGAAAGUGUUUGUCGCCCACCGGAAUAUUGUUGGGGAAAGAUCGCAGCCGGUCGAAUACUCCUUUCUUUCCUAUUUUAGAUAACAUUAAAGAAAACAUCGGUGACUCUUCAUCACUAUCUAAUAAACGACUAACGAAAAAGGAACUCGAUGAUCCACAAACUACGGGACAAGAUGGUGAUGUCGUUAACAACAAAGAUACAAAGUUGGUGAGACCAAAGAGUUAUCCUGCGAAAAAUGUAAGCGCAUUCGAUAAUACGACCAAAAACAUUGUAGACGAAAAAAAUCAUAAAGAUAUUGACGCUAUUGACAAUAAACAAGCCCCGCGUGAAUCUAAGCUAUUGAGGCCUAAAAGCUAUCCUAAUAGCACUAUAACGCAAGAGAAAAGUUUCCUUAAAGACACCAAAAAGGACGAAUCAAAGAAUAUUGCUUCGAAAGAAAAUUCUGCAAGUCCAGAAAUGAAGAGUGAUAUCGAAGUUAGUUUUAAUAUUACAUUACCAAGAAAAUCUAAAGUUUCACUUACAUCAAAUGUUGAAUCUGGACAAAUUCAAGAAGGCUUGAAUGAUAAAGACAAAUCGAAAAAUAGAGAGAUUAUAAAAAAGAAUGGUGCAACUGAUGGUACAUCAUCGAGUCUAGUUUUAAAGAAGUAUCAAAUAGUAAAUUCUAUAGACAAGGAAAAGUCACAAAAUGUCGAACAAAAGAUAAUUAGUAAUGGAUCGGAAACCAGCAAUAAUAAUUCAACAAUAAUUAAAGAUUCUGAAAUUACUAAAAACAGUAAAAUUACAAAUAAUUCCAUUAAAAAAGAUGACUCAAAACUUAAAAACGCUGAUAGUGAACAAAGCGAGAAAAAAGUAGCCGUGAAAAAGAAAAUAAUUAAAAAAGUUUCAUCAAAAUCAAAGACUGACUUAGGAAAUAACCAAGACGUAAAUGAUACUAAAUCCACUUCCGAAAAAAAGAAGGUCGUGAAAAAACAAAAGGAUAAAACUCCCGAAGAUAGUUCCAAAACAACAACUACUACAAAAAAGAAAUCAAUGCUGCAAUCUAUAGGUCAUAAACUAGAGAAAUUUACUUCUUCAAAAUCCAACUCGCCAGAAAAGAGUCAAAACAGUUCAACAAAUAGUGAAAAUAAAAAAGAAACAUCUAAAUUAAGUAGGACUCAAAGAGAACAUUCUGUACCAGUAGAGCCUCCAACUGAAUCAAACUUAAUAAAGCGAGCCGUUACGAUAACUGAUGUUGCAGCUCUCGAGAAUCAAAAUAACGCCCAGAAUAAAACAACUGUAUCUAAAGUACUAGGACUAUUUAAAAAAUUCGAUGCAAAAGAUAAAUCUACAAAAGCAGUAGUAUCUGAAAAACCAUCAAUAGACAACUUAACGAUAAACGAAUGCGAUGUACUGCUUAAAGAUGCUGAUUUUUUAGAAAAUGAUAAUGAAAAAGCAAGAAGGCCGUCGUCCCUGUUAUUAAAUGGAUUAAAUCGAAAAAGUAAAUAUAAUAAAGCAAACAAUGACAACGUUAAUGAUACUUUAUUAGAAAUUGAUGAAAAACCGCUAAAAAAUGAAAUCGAAAACGAAUCGAGUCGAAAGAAUAUUAGAAAUUCAUUAAAAUUAGAUUUUUCAAAACUACCUAGAGUUAAAAAAAUAGUUCCUACAAAUCCUGUGAUAGAACCUCAAAUAAUGGACACCUCUUUAGACAAGGAAAGCAACAGAAAAAUAUACGAAGAAGAGAAAAAUGGAGUGAUAUCAGACGGAACGGGAAAGUUGGACUUGAGCGACACUAUCAGUAGAAGUAGAUCUAGAAGUAGAUCAGUAUAUUCUAAUUCUGAUGUUAAAUCAGACCAAAGUGCUGAAAUUAAAGACAAAAAUCCCCUGUCUCCUAGCAGUCUACGGCCUUUACGUAGCCACGAUUCCACGACCCCUGAAAAAGAGGAUAUAGUGGACAGAAUACGAAGGAAAAGUUUUUAUUCUAGAUUUAACGAAAAGAAACAAAGGAGAAAAAGUAAUUUAGUCGGUCCAGGUGCAACUGAGUAUGAUCCCGUAGCGAGACUUUACUCGCAACCUUCGGAAACGAAAUAUGAUGUUUCUCCUACCUCUCCCAGUACAUACGACUUAUCGCCUGGAUAUUCCGUCGCAUCCGACCUGUCGCCGUCGACAGAUCGCUAUAGAUCUCUCCUUGCCGACUUGCCCGUCAAUACUAGAAGUAAUUUACGAUACGAUGGAAUAAAUGAUAAAGUGGACACGUACAGAUCUCUCGAUAGAAAUGACCUUCGAAAAUAUUCAGGGGGACGCAGCUACCUCGACUACGAUCAGCCUUUGUCCUAUAGUCAGAACAGAUAUUCGAGAACGAAGUCCCUAAUGGACAGUUCAGACGGCACAGAAAAUCUUAGUCUUAGUUUACUUAGAGAACCCCAAAAAUAUAACAGAACAAAUUCCAUGUAUUCACCCGGAAACUACGCCACAUAUCGGCCUAAGCGUACCCGCAACCCUGCAAUAAUACUAAAAGAGAGCGAAAAAGAACCGAGUCCAGAAAAUAUUCUUGAAAAAAUUCGACAAAGAAAAUAUUCGAUCAGUGUCACGAGAAAGCCCGAACCAGAAAAGGACUCGCUGUCAAGAUCCACUGGCUCACCUAAAAGCGAAGGCGACGGUACAGAACGCUCUGCGAAAGGCGACUGAGAGGCGCUACUAGCGAUGUAUUUACACCGCACUUGUUACUUUUCUCUUUACAUAAGCAUUUUCACUCUAUCCAUUUGUUCGAAUCUACUGAAGUCUAGAUAUUUGAAACGAAUCUCCGUUAUGUUUUCUUGCUAAUGUCCUGUUGUUGAGCAUAGAGAUAUCUUGCCAAUCGAGUAGUCUGCUUGCAUUUGCAUAGUUUGUACUUAGACUAAUGCACAUAAAAUCUCAUUAGUGGCAAAUUAGGAGUAAAAUUUCGGUAGGUGUUAUCGUCAUCGAUCAUCUUAGCUGUGAUGUUGUCAUUUUUGCUUUUUAAUAUAUGUAUAUUACGAACGAUAUGCGUUAAAAUAAUAAUCAAAAUCAAACGCCAAAUGUACUUUUUGUAUAUUUAUUAAAAUUUUAUAUGAAUAUAUAAUGCCAAAUAUUGUUGAACCAUAAUAUGAAUUGAAAUCAGAUUAAUUGUGAAUUGAAUCUUAUGUGCCUUUAUAUAAACCGAAAGCGACUGGAUUUGUCCAUUUUAUUGAGAGACAUGAAAUGACACGAUUUACUGUGUGUUUGCACAAAUAUAUUUAUAACUCAACAUAUUUUAAUAAUUAAGUUACUAUUAAUUGACUUAUAACUAUGCGCUUCCCUGAGUCAAUCUUAAGUUAAAAUGUUGAUAAUUUAUCAGAUAGUAUUGUUUGCUAAGUCAUGUAACAGUUAUCGAAUAGAAUGGUGCUUAGUUAAAAAGUUUUCUUAGACAUAAAUUGUAUUAAUAAACAUAGUCUCUUACAACGUAAAAGUAUUACAGGUAUUUAAAGUUCUCGAAUUUUAUUAAAUCUACAUAAUAUUAUUUGUUGACAGAUCAGAAGUAUUUUGAAUGAUAAUAUAAGUUUUAACUUCAUUUGUUGCCAUUUCAUUGUUUUACUAUAUCAUAUUAAGCCCAAGUUUUAUAAGCAAUAAUGAUUUCAUCUUUUUUAUUCGUAUUAAAAUUAUUUAUUAAUUUAAUCAUUAGUAUCGAGCUAUUUAUUUGUGUGUAGUGAUUAAUAAUAUUGUUCGGUGUCAUAGUUAAUGUGAACUCAGAAUGUGAUUGAAUAAUAUUGUAAUUGCUAUCACGCGCGUUUUGUAUUGAAUGUGAAUAAAUUAUAGUUAAAAAUAA